CUCUCGGACUCUCCCUCCCCCAUCGCUUUUUGUGUGCAACUAUCUCCAUCUCCUCCGGCUCUCGCCUCGCUCGCCCCUUCCCCUUGCAUCUCUCUCAUCUCUCUCUCUCUCUCCUUUAACUAUCUCUCCUUUAACUCUCUCUCCCCUGCCUGCGCGUUCGCGAUGGCGCUAGAGGCGACGCAGCCACUCGCUUCGUGAACGGCAGCGCGACUCAGCGAACGAAGAAACGAAGGAAAGAAGCGAACGAACUUAAAGGGACCCCCAGGUGGGGGGUGGGGGGGCGGCAGCAGCAGCUGAACAACUCAUUCGCCCGCGUCUUUUGUCGACACGUACAACAUCGCCGUCGUCCGUAACCCUCUUCGUCUUCCUACAAGACAAACUUAUCACCGCCACCACCGCCAUCAUCAUCGUAGUCGUAGUAGUCGUCGGUACCGUGAACGUCCUCGCAACCAUCAAGCAAACCGGCUCGCCAGCCAGCAACUUGGCCGCGUUCACCUUGACGGCGACUGCGUGCAGGAGAGCGAGAGAGAGAGAGUUGUUGUUGAGUAGCGUUGGAUAUAUCCCACCGCCACUACCGUCACCCACGUUUGGAUAAAAGUGUCGCGUACAAGAGCGGGGAUCUCACCCAGACCUCGCCCGCUUCAUCGGUGCGUCCCGACGGCCGCGCCAAUGGGGGAGAUCGAGGGCACGUACCGGCGCGUGGACCCGGCCGAAGCGGCCAGGGGGAAGCCCACGCCGGUCCGAGCCACGCGGUCGGACGAGUCGGCCGCGGAGGCCCACGGGAACCUGCUGCCCAUCACCGUGCACCUCCUGGAUGACACGGAGAAGAUCUUCGACGUGCCGCCCAAGGCAGAGGGCAUUGCCCUUCUCACCACCGUCUACAAGUACCUCAACCUCGUCGAGAGCGAUUACUUCGGACUGGAGUUGGAGCCCUACCCCAAGUGCGGAUUCACGGUUUGGCUCGAUUCCCAGAAGCCCAUCGCCAAGCAAGUAAAGAAGCCAAAAAACGUCGUUUUCAAACUCGGGGUGAAGUUCUUUCCUGAAGACUCGAGCCAGCUGCAAGAGGAAAUCACAAGGUACCAGUUCGCGCUGCAGGUCAGACAGGACCUCCUCGCGGGUCGCCUGGUGGCCAGCGAGAUGUCCUCCUCACUCAUGGCCGCGUGCCUCCUCCAGGCCGACGUGAGUGACUAUGAGGAGCAGCGGUCGAGUCAGCAGCUGCGGGAGGUGCAGUACCUGCCCAACCAGGAAGUCCUCGCCAACCGCAUCCUGGACUACCACCGGCAGUUCGCCGGCCUCUCUCCGGCCGAGGCGGAUGUGCAGCUGCUGGAGAUCGCGCGCCGGCAGGACACGUACGGCCUGCGCCUGCACCAAGCCUACGACAAGGAGGGCGCGAGCAUCAACCUGGCGGUCGGCUACUCCGGCGUCUCCGUCUUCCAGAACACAACCAAAAUUAACACCUUCAACUGGGCGAAGAUACGGAAGCUCAGCUUCAAACGGAAGUACUUCCUCGUCAAAUUUCACCCGGACAUUGAGGGUAACUACCAGGACACCCUGGAGUUCAGCAUGAAGGGACGCGACGCUUGCAAGGCCUUCUGGAAGGGCUGCGUGGAGAGCCACGCUUUCUUCCGCCUCCAGGACCCGCCGCGGCCCAAACCAAAGUCGGUCCUUUUCAGCCGCGGAUCAUCCUUCCGCUACAGCGGGAGGACACAGAAGCAGGUGUCGAUGUACGUGCGCGACCACGGCAGCAGGAGGGUGCAGUUCGAAAGGAGGAGCACGAAGAUGAGGUCAUCUCAGAGCCAUCGAGACAUCCCUGUGAACCCCCCGCAGCUCACGGCAGAGCCCCCUAAACAGAGCGCGAGCUUCUCCGAGGGGGAGAGCGGCGGACACGUGUGGGACCCGGUGUCUCUCAUCCUCGCCAAGGAAGGUUCCCUUCCGCCCAAGCAGCUGGAAACCACCAGCGACCAGCUCCCCUCCCCUACCGGCCGAGUUGACCAAGGCCCCGAUGUUCUGGUGAGUCGUCUGCGACCUCCGGGGGACCCGCAAACCGAGCCGUGGCGAGUCGUGUCCCAAGCGGUGGUGGUGGCGGUGGCGUCCACGUCGCCGCUGCCUCCGUCUCCCACCGGGACCGGGGCAGCUACGGAGCCCGCGGCAGCGGCACGGGUGGAAGAGGAGGAGGAGGCGAGAAAAAAGCGGUGCCCAGCUGAUAAGGCCUACUUCAUCGCCAAGGAAAUCUGCACGACAGAAAGGACCCACAUCAAGGAUCUAGAAGUCAUCACGGUGUGGUUUUCCAGCUUUCUGGGCCAGGAGAGCCCCAUGUCCAAGGAACUUUCCUCCAAGCUCUUCUCCUCUUUCCAACCGUUGUGCGACUUCCACCGAACUUUCCUCAAGGAAGUGGAGACCAGGCUCACUCUCUGGGAAGGCAAGUCGAAUGCCCACCUCAAGGGUGACCACGAAAAGAUCGGAGACAUCAUGCUGAAGAACAUGCAGCUGCUCAAGAGGCUGGUGUGGCCGCUCUGCGGGAUGGAGCAGGUGCUGCGCAGCUUGGAGAGCGAGGUGCAGGCCUCCCACAAGCUCGCCGACGCCUGCCGCACCUUCGAGCUGCAGCGCGUGUGCCACCUGCCGCUGGGCGGGUUCCUGCUGCGCCCCCUGCAGCGCCCGCUGCACUACCGCCUGCUGCUCGAGCGCCUGUGCAAGCACCACGCGCCGGACCACCCGGACUUCCGCGACUGUCGCGCGGCGCUGGCGGAGGUGAGCGAGAUGACGUACGGCCUGCAGGACACGCUCCUCCACCUGGAGAACGUCCAGAAGCUCAUGGAGCUGCAGAGGGACCUCACCGACAUGGAGGACUUGGCCAUGCCAGGCCGGGAGUUUAUCCGUGAGGGCUGCCUGCACAAACUGACGAGAAAGGGCCUCCAACAGCGCAUGUUUUUCCUCUUCAACGACAUGCUGGUGUACACCAGCAAGGCGCUCACCACCAACAACCAGUUCAAGGUCCACGGCAAGAUGCAGCUCAGCACUCUGAAGAUCACAGCGAGCGAGAGAGAGUUCUCCAUUCCUUGCUCCUUCACCUUGUCCACCCCGCAGAAGCACGUCGUCGUGGCUGCGAACUCGCCGGAGGAGAUGGACAAGUGGGUGGAGGACGUCACGCUGGCGGCGAGGCGCGCCGCCGACGACACGGUCGACCACGCCACGGCCGGCCGCUCGCCGUGCCGCGAGACCGACAUCGUGGAGAGCCACAUUUACUCCUCCGACGACCAGGAGGACUCGGCCGAGGACGAGGCCGCGUCUCCGCGGAGCCCUCACGGAGCCUCCUCCGAGAGGCUGUCCGUUCACCAGCAGACGAGCAGCACCGUGCAAGUGUGCUGCCACCGGCAGACCAGCGUGUCUCUGCUGGACAUCAGCCGGGCGGCUGAGAACCAGCUGUCUGGCUACCUCCUGAGAAAGUUCAAGAACAACAGCGGCUGGCAGAAACUCUGGGUCGUCUUCACCAACUUCUGCCUCUUCUUCUACAAAACUCACCAGGACAACUUCCCCCUGGCCAGCCUGCCCGUGCUGGGCUACAGCAUAACGCUGCCCUCCGAGUCAGAUGGGAUUCUAAAGGACUACGUCUUCAAGUUGCAGUUCAAGUCCCACAUUUACUUCUUCAGGGCGGAGAGCGAGUACACGUUUGAGCGAUGGAUGGAGGUCAUUCGCAGCGCCACCAGCUCGUCCGCGAGGACGCGUCUGCUCAGCCGCAAAGACUCGCAUUUCACAUAGAGAGAGAGAGAGCGAGAGAGGCGAAGAGUGUGACACGACCUGGAGGAGAGACAGCGUGGCCGCAAAUAUCGACGCCUUGCUGCCAACUUGUGCCACUCAACGGAAGUCUCAAGACCCCCUAACGGACUCGUCUAACCACGCGCGCGUUGUAGGCUCACGGUGAUGCCAUCACCCCUUUAACCCCCUCCCCCCUCGAUCUCGGUUCAAGAGCGGAAGCAGGAGGACUUUCUUCACAAUUCCGGCAAAUCGCCCGAUGAAGCUGGUCGUUGUAAUCGCCAGCGAAACGUCGUUCGCUCUCAAUUUUAAAUGUCGUGGGGGUUUUACUUUGCAACACACAAGCGGUGUGCUGAAGUCGCAACAACAUCGGCACGUUGUGUUUACGUGACAACGCCUUACUAAUUCGCUGUGUCGGGUGGUGGUGGGUAAACGACACGUUUACAUUUACGCAAUCGAACCCAUAAAACCAUUAUUACCCUAGCGAGUCUCACCGGAGGCGGUGAGUGUGUUGGGCAGGGGUGGGGUUUGUGGUAGAAGAGAGACGGGGAUGAUAACACUAACAAAAAAAAUCGCCAUUUUUUUUGUUCCUGGGUAGUAAGUGUUAUUUUCCAAUUGUUUAUGCCUCAAAAGUACAGAAAAUGGCUCAUUAUUCAACGCAAACUUUACUUUUGUGACCAGGACAGUGCUAUUUUGAAAUGUAACUAUUUUCAAUGAGAAAACGUGGUGCGCAUUUGUGUCAUUCCUUCACACAAAGUCCUGGCCACAAAAGCAAAGUUUGUGGGGAAUAAUAGCCAUUUUCCAAACUUUUGAGGCAUUAGCAAUUAGAAAAUAACACUUACUGUACUACCCAGGAACAAAAAUCGUGUUACACAGUGUAACCCAAACCUCACUUUAGUUCCCACCAACACUACAAAUUCCCGUGGAAGCCAUCGACCCUGUUUUGAAGCGUAAUCUACGAGCUUAACACAACACAUAUGCAAACGAUCAUAAUGCGCUAUCGAGUUCUAAAAGAGCAAUUGCUCGGUUGGACAUUCGCUGCAGCCGAAGCUGUCGUGGGUUAGAGAGCGAUCGUGUUCAUCCCGAGGCAGGGAUUCAAACCCUCGUCCGCUCGCUCCAGCCACAUCGCGUCCCCAUCCCCUCGGCUAGAGCUCCUCCACGCAAACAGACGGCCACUUUACUUCUACAGAAUGGCCCGUGAUCCUGGCCCCAUCUGCCACACACCCACCAUGGAGUCAACUUAGCCCAACACCCACCAGCCCACCCCCGAAAGUGUAAAACUAGAUUUUAGUACUCACACGAUGAGCGAGUACUAAAAUCGAACUCGGUUCGUUGCGCGGCGAGUUUCACCGUGACACUCCCCAAACACACAAGCGCGCACACAGACACACAUAGACACAUACAAAGACACACGCAUACACAUACACAUGAGAUGACGGUUACAUCAUUACAGUUUCAGCUGUAUUGCUUUUUGGCUUUCGAGGUGUUGUGUAACUGGCCAGUCCUACCCUCGUCUUUUUUUUGCUUUGCUGUUUUCGUUUUGCACGGAUGUACGAAUUAGCACGCUGGCUAACGGUCAAAUGCCAAAUCAAUUUACUGCCCGAAUGAUCAUUGCUCAUCUCCGGUUUACAGCCUUAAACCAGUGGUGUAAAAAUACCAUAUGGCGAAGGCAAGUCUUCUCCAUGUGAGAACCAACCGCUGACCUCUCCACAACAAAGUUUGGUACUCGUGUCGACCCCGGAGGGGUGAUGGGCUAUAAAUGAACUCCCCAAACCAGGAUUUGAACUCGCAAACUUCCGACGGCCUGGUCGAGUAGCCGCGCGCUCUUCUGCUAAGCCACUCGGGUCAACACGUCCACUUGAAAUACUAAAGUAUUCGGACGCUACACAAAUCAAAUCGUCAUUUCAUAUUGCCAUACGUCAAGGCAAUGCCACCCUGUACGCACACGUGGGGGAGUGGGGGGGGGGGUGCAGCACUUGCAGCUGUUGGAGCAGCUCGUGUUCACAAAGCAACGUCUCUGGCACGUUCACUUCCCUGGCACCAACGCGGUGGUCGCCGUUUAGUGGAUACUGGGAAACGUGAACGCGGAAUGCAGCCAGGCAUGACGCGAGCCACACCACACCACCCGCCCCACCCACCCCUCCUCCUCCUCCGUGUGUGCCGGACCAUGAAAUGAGUUCUCACCGAUGGCACUUGCCUCCACCACCACCCUCGUUUUGGAGUGCCGAGGCACGCGAACCGUUACCGUUAUCGAUAGGGCCAAUCUGUGUUCCCCGCAGAACGUGGUCUUUGGGUGACGGUCGUAGAAAUAAAAAGCGGUCAACGCGAGGAGGAGCGUUAAGAACAAAUGGUGACUUUGGCCAUGUGCACAAUGGUUAACACGCUCGUUACGUGACGGUGAUUAGUUCAUGUAGAGCGCACCCCUGCAGCCGACUUGCAGCUUGUGUUGGCAAAAAAAUUUCGCAGCGUUUCGAGGUUAUUAUUUUUUUUGCAACUUAAACAAGAGCUAUAUGAAUGUUAAUAAUACAGAACAGUAUUUCAAUCUUUUUUUUACAAAUAUUGUUUGCAUUUCUCAAACUCUAUGGGCAGAAAGUCAGUAGGUGUACACUGCAAUGUGUUGUCACUUGCUUCCACUUCCCUCUAUCCUGUGCCAACAUGCUGAGGCUAUGCCACAUAUCUCUUGCACCAAUCUCUUAUGUCAUCCAGCCAUUUUCUUCCUCUUCUUCCAGUUCCCUCCCAAUAGUUUUUUUUACAUUUUCCUGUUGUUCUCCAUCCUGCAUGGUGCCCAAACAAGCGGUUUCCCCUUCUUAUGUUCAGCCAUUUCUCGUACGAAAAAAUAUCUACGUAGUUGCAAACGUAGGACUAGUUACCAACCUACUUUUAAUCCGACUGAGUGCUCUUUUUGUAAUAAGCCUUUGCGGACUAAGAAAAUUGGAGAUUUCUUUUCAGUCCGUUGAAUGAAAUGCCAUUUCAAGUCACAUUAUAUUUUAAAAAUCCAUUACUUUAACUUACAAUUUACUAAACAGCAGCCGUGUUAUCAGAUUUUUUUCUUCCACAAAUAUAACCAUCACAACUCCCAUUCAAACCUUUGCAAACACAAAUCGGGCUACCAUCUUCUUUAGAGACACAGCACUUUAUAAUUUAUGGCAAGGACAGACAAUACCAUGGCUGUUUUUAAACGGGCCAGAAAUGACCAAUAUCAAAUGCGGUGUCGAAAUCGCUCAAAAAAGUUAGUGGACUUUUCAAUGUUUAAUCAUUAAAUGGGAAAAGCGUCGGAUUGCUUGCAAUGUUAAGCUGGUAUAUUGCGGUACUUACAUUAACUGUUUUUUUAAAGCUAAUCCUUUGCAAUCGUGUCAGCCUUGCAGUCAUUUAAUGCAAGCGCGUGCAUUUGAUUAAUCUGCAAAAAUGUAAAUACAACCACUCAUGGAUAUUUUAUGCAUUUCAUUAAUAAGCUUAAGUGGUUGUAUUUACAAUUAAGACUGCUCGUUUUUUUCCAAGCACACGUUGCCAUUAAUAAACUAUGCAACACAUUUUA